AAAGCUUCAUGAAAGACUUCUAAUAAAAAGGUUAAAAGAACGCCUUGCAUUCGCCACUUUCCUUUAUAAUGGAUGGGUUCGUUAUCGGCCUCUAUUGAUUCCUGAAUCCUCGGUAUCAUGUGCACAGACACGUUGCAUUUUAGCCUAGAUUCGCAUUCAUUUCAAGUUCAGAGACUCCGGAUCUGAGUUCGCGGUAUACAUACAUUGCCACACAUUCUUGAAAGUCCUUUCAUCCUUUACGUACGUCUAUUGCGCCACCCAUAUAUAUAUAUACGUAGCUUUUAGUCUUCAAAGUUCAUCGUCACCUUGCUGAUCAUUGCUGUUCACAGAGCUGUACCCGGUUCAGGCUCAUUCCCGCAGACUAUGUCUUUGAAUACCAACGAGAGGUUCAACAAUACCACAGACUACGGUCCCGACUCUUCUGACGAGUCAUGGUCAGAUAGUAGUCACUAUAUCGAUGAAGAGGAACAUCAGCAUCUUCACGAAAUCCCACCGGGAAAGCGGGUUUUCACUGACUUGCUGCUGAAGCGAACAGCAGAAGUUUGUGAUGUUGUCCGGGAAAUGCACCAAAAUCGCAACCCAGAUAAUAUCCAGUUGCUGGCAGAACUGGCUCAACUAACUGAGAUCGAGCCUCCCGUUCGCCUAAUGGAACUAUUAUGCAAAAGUGGCCUUCCGAGUGUCCUUGUCGAUAUUGUGGCGGACAAAGAUUCAUAUGUAUCUCACCAGCAGCGCUUUUCAAUGGACGAAGAACUUUCAGAUUGCGAGGGUUUCCACUACACAACCGAUGCAUAUCGAAGUCUCCUUCAGAUGGUCGGAUACAUGUCUUUCUCCCUCAAGGAAGAUGAAAAUGAUUAUAUGGAGUCUGCGAGUGACUGUCUGGUUAGGUUGCAGAAGCUCUGGAAACUCGUACUAGAGCACUUUAUCCCUCUUGGAUUACUCGAAGAGGAUAGGGAUGACUCGACCUACGGACCUCUCUGGUCGUUUGUGACCGCUAUCAUAGGAUACGGAACUGAUCUUUACGAUGCAACCAAGAAGUGGCCAGGGUUGAAGGAUCCCCUCGGCAUGGUAAUGCUGUAUCUGUGGCAGUCAUGUAGCUCGCCUCCGAUGCGUCAAACCAUCAUACAGGUGCUCCAACGAUUCCUUUUCUCAUCCUCACCCAGUUUCUCGGCGUUCGUAGAGGCAGCGAUCGCGCAUGGCUACGACUUAGAGGCGAUUGUGGACGGCUACCUGGAUGAACUACUGAAUCGUGAAAUAAUGGCCGCCGGUCUCUUCAGUUACUUAUUCGUGCUCGAUCUCGUCUUCAUUCGCUAUUGUUUGGACCAUCAACAGCUCAGGUACAUUGCGGAGAACCGCGUUGGUCGAAUAUUACAUGCGCACAUUGUUGUGGGACAGAGAAUGAUUUGUGGUGACGACCCUCCUGCGCACGUCCGGAAACUGAUCAUUGGAACUGCGUACAGUAUAUUUUCGCCAUUACUUACAGUUCUCGAGGGUAAUCCUAGGAUCACACCACAGAUAUUGCAAAAUGUAGACAUCAUACAUAUAAUGGCUCAUGACCUCGUAUAUGCUGUCUCCAUAGGGGAUGAAUCCUUCAGUGACCCCGUCGUAGGAGCCAUAGACAGGCUAGGGUGGUUUGGCCAUGAUCUUUCACCUGACCAGUCGCAACGUAUGCGCGUUCUAGUCCGUCGACAUUCUGUAAUGGUUACGGAUGGCCUUGCCAAAUUGAUACUCAGCCAGAGAACCCUGGCACUCAACGCCAUUGAAGCAUGGGAGAAUCUAAGACGUCGUCUUCAUGUACAAUUGUUGACAGAUGACCCACCUUUUAUGACUUCUUGGUCAUUGGGACACAAGGCUUGUCAUAGUGCCGAAUGCGUGUGUCAUGCAAUGAAGCCAAGCCAUGAAUUGAAGGUCUGCAAAGGGUGUUGGUCCGUCCUAUACUGCUCUAGAAGAUGUCAGAAAAUUGACUGGGUGAAGGGACAUAGAUCCGUAUGUCGAUCUCGAACACCAAGUAAUUAGCUGCAGAUGGGCGUAGUUCAUCGGCCUUCCUCUUGUAAUCAUAUCAACAUGUAUACUAGACGUAGCGUUGGUUGCCGAUACACGUUCGCCACAGAUUUAUGGAUAACUAUUUGAACCAUGCUCG